CGUCAUGAUUCAAAUCCAGACCGUGAUGACAAAACACUCCCAUCGUCUGCCCUUAGGCCGAUGUUUCGGUGGAAACCUUCUAAGAAAUGAUGGCGUAUCCAACAUCUUGGAAUUAUCAUAAAUAGAGAUCAAACCUUCCCCAUUCCACAGUGUCAACCUCAUCAUAUCAAUUCGCAUAAGCAAAAGCACAACCAACCUACUAUCACUCUCACUUUCCCCAUAAAUAUCUCAUAAUGUCUACCAUUCAGCUCUCCCCCGCCGACGCCUCCUUACCAAAGGGCUCCCUCGUCCUCGUCACCGGCGCCAAUGGCUACAUCGCAAGCCACAUUGUCGACCAGGUCCUCCUAGCCGGUUACCACGUAAGGGGAACAGUUCGUGACGCCGCCAAAGCCGCCUGGACGACCGAAGUCUUCAACUCCCGCCACGAGGCUGGAACAUACUCUGCCGUGGUGGUGCCAGAUAUGGCAGUUGACGGGGCAUUCGAUGAUGCCGUCAAGGGCGUACACGGCAUAAUCCACCCCGCCUCCGUCCUAUCCUUCAGCGCCGACCCCGCGGCCGUCAUCCCCGACACCAUCAGCGGCGUAACUUCGCUCCUCCGUUCCGCCGCCACUUCUUCCACCGUCAAAUCUUUCGUUCUGACCUCCAGCUCCGUCGCCGCUGGCAACCCCGCUCCGGAUAACCACUCCUUCGAGGUUACUACCAGCACCUGGAAUGAAGCUGCCAUCGCCGAGGCCUGGAGCGUCACCUCUGCUCCCUUCCCACCUAGCCACCCCAACGCCGUCUACAGCGCCAGCAAGGCUGAGUCCGAGAAGGCGUUGUGGGCGUUCGCCGAGAAGGAGAAGCCGAGCUUCAAGGUGAAUGCGGUGUUGCCAGAUGCCAAUUUCGGGCCGGCGCUGAACCCGGCAGGCGGGCUGAGCACGGGUGGCUGGAUCACUGGUUUUGCUACCAAGUCGAAUGUCGAGUUUGUGAAGUCAUUGCCGCCUGGAUGGUAUGUGAAUGUGGUGGAUACGGCACGCAUCCACGUCGCAGCGCUGCUGAGCAAGUCGAUUAGCAAUGAGCGCAUUUAUGCGUCCGCAGCGCCAUACACGUGGAACCAGAUCCUCGCCAUCCUGAGGCGCUUGUAUCCCGAGAAGGAUUUCGUGGACGAUUUGCCUGGAGCGGAGCUCAGUGGGAUGGGAGUGCCGACUGAGCGUGGCGCGGAGGUGCUGCGCGAGUACUACGGGCGACCCGGAUGGGUGAGUUUGGAGGAUACGGUGAAGGAGAAUGUUCCGACUUUGGAGUAAAUGGAUGUUAGAUUCUGAGGAGGCGUUGCUUGACAAUGAUCUUUGUGGGAAAGGGGCAUCGUAACCGUGACCCGGAGAAGCGUUGCGCAGGAGUCUCUGUUAGAGGGGGAGGGGUCGCUACUGACGGUGAUAUCUCGAAGGAAGGAGG